GAUGGGGUCUGAUGCAGCAAAUUCUGCGCUUUCUUUCUACGUGUAGAAAAAUGAGAAAAGAAUGGAUCCUGUCAUUUUUCUCUGAAAAAUACGUAGGGGGGAAAUUCAUUUGGCGCCUACUGUAAUUGCGGAUUAAAUCUUAGAUAAACCAGUCACUUUUGUUCGUUGUUUUUGAGGUACCGUCCAGUAGCUCCAAGAGUUCUUUUUAAGGUCAAUAGAUAGAGAAUUGAAUUCUCUACAACACCUGUAAUUUUAAACUCUGACAGAGUUUUUCCCGUUUGAGCACCAUUCAAUAUUUCGAAUGGUGCUGAGUUGUCGAACUACGACGUGCUUUUGACGUCUUCUUUUUUAAGAUUUUUAUCCCAUUGUCUGAGGUUCAAUAGUUAAUUUUUUUAAGUAGAAAGAUAGAGAAUUUUGUGCUCUAUCGAUCAGACUGAUAUACAACUUCAUACAAUGUUUUCGCUACAUCAGCUGGAGUCAAAAUUAGUUCUCAACCGGUAUUUCAGUUUUUUCAAAUUAAAUUAAUUGUUUUAAUUAAUGAUUUGAAUUGAGAAACUUUCUUUAUAUAUCAAAAGAUGCAGAAUUUAAUUCUGUGUAAGAUGGUAAGACUAAAACCCUGGAUUCAAAAUGUUUCACUGCUUUUCUAGCCAAAAAACUAAAGUCUGUGAGAAUAGGUUCAAAAGUUAGGCUGUUUUAGAUUUAUCAGGUUUUUGCAUAGAGAAAUUUUCCUAGAAAAGUGAGCUGCAAAAAUUUCAAAAAAUACGUGAGAACAUGCAGAAUUUUCUUGUGAACCUUCUGAUGUUUUCAAAAUUCUUAUGGAAUCUGUUUUUGGAUCAAGGCAAAUAUUUUUCUAUUUUCAGUCUGUCGCAGAUCGACAACUCAGCACCAUUCGAAAUAUUGAAUGGUGCUCAAACAAGAAAAACACUGUCAGAGAUUAAAAUUACAGGUUUUGCAGAGAAUUCAAUUCUCUAUCUAUUGACCUUAAAAAGAACCCUUGGAACUACUGGACGGUACCUCAAAAACAACGAACAAAAGUGGCUGGUUUAUCUGAAAUUUAAUCCGCAAUUAAUUAUGAAUCAACCUGAUAUAUUAAAUUUACUGUUUAAGUUCAUCUAAUUGUGGUAUUAAUUACUACACAAAGUACGACGAUAAUAGGAUUAAUUAUUGUUCAAAAUUGAAACAUUUCUAUUUAUGUCCAUUAAUCAAAAUGUGGUAUCAUUUUGUAUGAACACAAAACAAUUUUCUUGUUUAUGUAUUUAAUUAAAACUUUAUUUUUCUUUUCGUAUCAGUUUACAUACGUUUGGUUUUUACUCGUAUUCAGUUAUAUGAUGUUAUAUGAUUUUGAUUCGCCACCUGAUCCAAAUGGUAGAUCAUACUGGCAACAAAUUUAUGUUAUACUUACAGUAGCAUCCAUGUUAUACGAAGAACUAUUCAGAGCAAUUUUUUCUUAUUUUAAGGAAAAAAUAAUACCAUGAUCCAUAACUAUAUUUACAUAUUUAGAUUGAAUUUUAUCAUUAUACAAGAUCAGUAGAAUAUCAGUCUGAUAACUGGGCAUCUGGCUUGUUACGUAAAUGCUUUUAUGUAUUACUGUACGUGUUAUUUUAUGUUGGUAUUUUUUUGAGAUACGAAAAUGAGAAUAGACCAAAUUAUUUAACCGCAGCGAUGUAUAAUACAUCAGAUCUCAUAGAUAACUAUUUCAAUUUUUGUUGGUUGUUUAUGAUUAUAUUCGCAUUUGAUCUUGAAUUAUGGUUUCUGUUAUCAUUAAGAUUUCUUAGCGCUAUCAAAAUACUUGGGCCAAAAUUGUUUAUGAUACAAAAUAUGGUAAUGUCCUAAUCCUUUUUGACUUAUUCAUUUUCGCUGUUUUAUUUAUCAAGCUCCGUGAUUUACUUGGUUUUCUUUGGGUUAUGUUUGUUUUUGUUGCUGCUUAUGGUGUUGUUUCUCGAUCGAUGAUCAAGUAUAUAAUCAAGUUGAAUUUAAUUUGUUGAGUAUACUUGGUGAAAAUGUUUUAUCCUGCCUACGGAUUUUAUAUUCCGUUGUCGAUGAUGAUAAGAAUAAAUUAGACAGUAUAGUAGUUACAAAAAUAACAUAAUAUAAAUUUAUUUAUUUAUCUUUAUAUUUUGUUUCAGAUAUUAUUGGGUCAGCUAAUAGUAGUGCAAAUGAAAUAGCCGAGGCAACUGCUACUCAUGUUUUACUUGCUUUUCAUAUGUUAAUCAUCAACAUUCUUGUAUCAAAUCUAUUAAUUGCAGUUUUCACUUCCACAAAUAAAGGAAUGUUGGAUGUAACAAAAAUUGAGGAUCUUAAUCCAACGAGUUUAAUGUUUAUUGAAGCAUGUAAGAAAAAUGGUUUGAAAUAUUUCGAUGAUUAUAAUGCUCUUGAGCCUCUCAGUGGAUCCGUAGGCGCAGUUCAAGUAUCAACGCAAAAUGGUCGACGUUAG